CCGUCGUUGUCCUACUAUUUUGUGAUAAGUUAGCUUGCUUUAAGCUGCCAUCGGCGUCAGUAGUGUGUCAGCUGGGGCGUGUUCACGGAGGCUCGCUCUUGCCUGCUGCCUUUAGACAAACUCGCAUUAAAAGUCGGACUGAGCUUGAGGUAAUCUUUUUGAAGCACUUGUACUAAACGUUGACCUAAGAUGUUUUUUGCCAAACAGUUUAUCGGCGGCUUAAUUGAUGUUGUCAGCAACAUUGACCCAGGGCAGUUUGCUCCCUCCAACCCCCCUCCACCCCGCAGACCAGUGGCCUAUGCAGAGAAACAUGAAAGUGAUGAGGAGAAACAGUUUCGUAGAGUCUUCCAGCAGCUUGCUGGAGAUGACAUGGAGGUGAGCCCAACUGAGCUGAUGAACAUCCUGAACAAGAUCAUCGGAAAACAUGGAGACCUGAAGACGGAUGGUUUCAGCAUUGAGUCGUGCAGAAGCAUGGUGGCAGUCAUGGACAGCGACAGCACAGGAAAACUGGGCUUCCACGAAUUUAAAUAUCUCUGGGACAAUAUUAAAAAAUGGCAGGGCGUGUACAAGACUUUCGACGAGGAUCGCUCUGGUUCCAUCGGGCCAAACGAGCUGCCAAAGGCUUUCACAGCUGCUGGGUUCCGUCUGAACGACCAGCUGUUCAACAUGAUCAUUCGCAGGUACAGCGAUGAGAGUGGGAACAUGGAUUUUGACAACUACAUCGGCUGUCUUGUGAGGCUGGAUGCCAUGUGCCGUGCCUUCAAGACCCUGGAUAAGGACAACAAUGGCACCAUCAAAGUCAACAUUAAAGAGUGGCUUCAGUUGACCAUGUACUCCUGAGCCCCCCCCCCCCCCCCCCCCCCCAACCCCGCUUGUUUAUAAGAAAUCACUUAUCUAGCCACACAAUUCAAAUUAUUCUAUACAUAACCCCGAAGCUCCCCCCGUAUGGGACUUGCAGGUAUUUAUUUAAAAGGAAUGCCUCUAAGGUCUGGCAUGCAUGCCAGAACAGAAAUCUAGCCAAUCACAGUCCUGCAGGUAGAACCGUGCCCACAGCCAAGAUCUGGAAGUAAAUCCUGAGCUGUGUGUGUGUGUGUGUGUGUGUGUGUCCCCCAAACAAAAGCACUCGAAGAGGCGGGCCGCCUAACUUUUAUUAGUGGAAAAACUUGGAAGAGUAACAAAUUUGUCGCAGAUGUCGGGGCUGGUUUCACAAAGCUUGUUCUGUUAUGGAGUUUUCCUGAUCACAGGGUACUUUAAACUGGAGGAUAGUCUCACUUUCACCACUGAACUGAAGCUCACACCAUAUAAAUAUGAUACAGUACUACAAAAAUGUCUUCCAGCGGUGGAAGCUAACUGCUUGGUUUUUGUUUCAGCACUGAACUCUGGGUGUGUACACGCUACCUGAGUGACAGUUUGCUUGGGUGUUACACCUGUGGGGGUGUGAUUGUGUCAACAUGAAUUUAGUCACCAAGCACCUUCUCAGAAACGGGCGUGCCCUGAACAGCUUUCACAACAGCAGUUGGUGUCAAACAUCAGGAUGUUGUUUUGGGGUUGGCCUGAUUGAUUUUAGCAGCGCUCGGGUCUCAUUUAGUGACUUUGUGAAGCCAGCCCACAUCAGUGAGGGUGCGACGGCUCACCUGUUUUAUUACUGCUUAAAUGAAAACUGAAGGAUGUCUGAGAUGUAGAAACGUGAAACGUUUUCAGAGUUUUCUUGUCAAACCUGUUGUUAAACAGCAGCAGUCGUGUGUUCUUCGGCCAUCAUCAUCAUCAUGUUGGAUACAAACUACCACCCUAAGAGGCCUCCUCUGGCUGUUUAUCACUGUAAACGUUGGCAUUUUGUCUGCAUCCAAUUAUAUUGGCAUGACGUGUGUGCGACUUCUUAUUUUACAGGUGUCUGUGUGUGUGCGCCACUGUUGCAUGCUGCAAACAGGGGAAAUGUGUUUUUAAAGGGUUUUAACUACAGCUGCAUGUAACUGAACGUGCUUGUAUCAAAUAAAUUCUUGUGCCAUAUUUGAA